AUUUUUUUUAGCCUUCCCUUUAGUAAAUUUUUGGUUUGUGUUUCUGUUUCCUCUUAAACUUAACAGUACUGUUAAUUUUCCAUGAAAUUCAGUUUUAUUUCUUCUCUUUUGCCAACCCUGUGGUUGAUAAUGAGAAUAUAAGGUAGCGUUUUUGGUUUGGUUAUUGCUGAUCCUCAGACAUAACUGUGUACACCCACGGAGCCUGUUGCCACAUUGUCUCAUUAAUGUUGGAUGCUCCCUUUUCUAUUACAUAGGCUGCACACAUGUAUUCUGGGGCUAAAACUGGGUUGGUGUUAACUGACAUACAGCGAGAGCAGCAGGAGCUCAAGAAACGGGACCAAGAGACCAUGGCAUUUGAAGCUGAAUUCCAACAUGCUGAAACUGUAUUUCGAGAUAAGUCUGGUCGUAAGAGGAAUUUGAAACUGGAACGUUUAGAGCAGAGGAGAAAAGCAGAGAAGGACUCGGAGAGAGAUGACCUGUAUGCUCAGUGGGGCAAAGGGCUUGCCCAGACCCGGCAGCAGCAACAAAAUGUGGAGGAUGCAGUGAAGGAAAUGCAAAAGCCUCUGGCCCGCUAUAUUGAUGAUGAAGAUCUGGAUCGGAUGCUGAGAGAACAGGAAAGGGAGGGGGACCCCAUGGCCAACUUUAUCAAGAAGAAUAAAGCCAAGGAGAACAAGAAUAAGAAAGUGAGACCUCGCUACAGUGGCCCUGCACCUCCUCCCAACAGAUUCAAUAUCUGGCCAGGGUAUCGCUGGGAUGGAGUGGACAGAUCCAAUGGAUUUGAACAGAAGCGCUUUGCCAGGCUUGCCAGCAAGAAGGCGGUGGAGGAACUUGCCUACAAGUGGAGUGUUGAGGAUAUGUAACUUUGCUGAGGCUGUGGGAGUGACUGUGGGUUGUGGUAGUGGACAUAGGGCAGCUGUUACAGACAUUCAGCUGUAACAGUCGUCUGUGCUAAUAAUCAGGGCCACACAGACCAGCAACUUGUUGAAUACCAAUUUUGACUACAGAAGAAUAUUUGAGAUGUAAUAUUUGGACGAAGGACCAUACAUCUCAGGUGUGCUGACACUGCCGGUUGCUGGCUUUCAGAGGAACGUUGAUUUGUCUGUGUCCCAGAGCUUGUUCUUGGUUAGGGUAUUUCUUUUUUUAAUAAACACACAUUUAUUUUUUUAAAAU